AUGGGCAGAAUGGACGACAUUGCUGGUAAUACCACUAAUUUUCCAGAUGUGCCAAGCAUGGCCACCAUUCCCAUGGAAGACGGGAUGCCUGAUGCAGAGAGGUACAUCUUGAUGACCAUGUAUUCCCUGGUCCUGGUCAUUGGAACGUGUGGCACCGGACUCAUGAUCAACACGCUGAAGUCCAACACACGCUCGGUGACCACCAUGGCAGUGAUCAACCUCAUCAUCGCCCACAUGAUGUUCUUGCUGACGGUUCCCUUCCGCAUGUACUUCUACGCCGCCAACCACUGGAGCCUGGGCCGCGGCUUCUGCAACUUCAUCAGCAUGAUGGUCCACGCCCACAUGUACAUCGCCUUCAUAUUCUACGUCAUUAUCCUGUUGGUGCGCUACGUCACGUUCUUCAGACACAGGGACAAGCUGGAGUUCUACAGGAGGCUCCACGCUCUGGCCGCUAGCCUGGUGGUUUGGGUGGUCAUUCUGCUCAUCAUCUUCCCCGUGACCCUGACAGAGUAUGGCGUGGAGACGACGAACGGCACUGCUGUCGUCGACCAGUGUUUUGUCUUCGGCGAGGCCCUGAAGGAUGUCGGGAUCUCUGUCAUAAACUACUUGCUCUGUGCUGUGGUGAUGCUGGUCACGUGCGUUCUCCUGGCCGUUCAGCUGUGGAUAUUGGGGGUCGUCUACAAGAAACACGGCAAGUUGGCCCUCCAUCAUCAGGAGUUCCAAGCCCAGCUCAAGAGCCUGAGCUUUGUGAUGAUCAUGCUCGUUUGCUUUGUCCCAUACCACGCCUUCAGAGUUUAUUAUGUGUCUACGUUUGUGCGUCAGACAAAUGAGGAGAUGCUUGAUCGACUGGAGCUUAAGAAUGAGAUAUUUUUGGCUGUGACAGCAUUCAGUGCUUGCGACAUGCUACUUUUCAUCAGCAACAUACGGUGGAAGAAUGUUCUGUCUCGGUGUUGCUUUUGUAAGUAGGAUACAUUUU